AUGAAGCUAACUCCAGAUUUACUGGCCAAUUCCAUAUCUCGUAUCAAUGCACUCAAGGAUCGCGAGCUGGUGUUAAGAGACAACAAGAUCUCUGCCAUCGAGAAUCUGGGUGUCACCAAGGAUCUUAAUGAUGCGAUUGACUUCACAAAUAAUGAUAUUCGACAACUGGGUAACUUCCCUCGUAUGCUACGAUUAAAAUCAUUGUCAUUAGCCAACAAUCGCAUCAGUCGCAUCGAUUCACAACUUGUUGAUUAUAUCCCGAACUUGGCGACGCUGGUUUUGACAAAUAAUAUGAUCCAAGAACUGGGCGACCUUGAACCACUGACCAAGUGCGGCAAGCUCGAGUACUUGUCCCUUUUGGAUAACCCAGUUACCAAGAAACAGUACUAUAGACUGUACAUCAUUCACAAAAUCCCUUCAAUCAGAGUAUUAGAUUUCAAGCGAGUUCGAAAGACGGAGCGAGAAGAGGCAAAAGAGACGUUCAAAACCGAUGGUGGUGAAGAGAAUGAAUUGGCAGUAACAAUUGGCGAGACCAAGAGCAAAACGUUCGAAGUGGGCGAUGGUAUCCAAGACGAUGCAGAUCACAGAAAAUCCAACGCUCCAGGACUGUCUCCUGAAGAGCAAGCUAAAAUAAAGGAGGCACUUAAAAACGCAACAUCAUUGGAGGAAAUGCAGCGUUUGGAGAAUCUGCUGAAAUCCGGUCAAGUUCCUGGUGACAAGCGGAGAGGCGUUGCCGCGGCCGAUGCAAUGGAGGAAGACGAAGAGUAG